CUGGACCCUGAAGGUAUUGGAGAAAACUGGAAGUAGGAGGAGAGUUCAUGUGAUGAACAAGGCGGAGCUUUAGGGGAUUCAGCAUGGUGUGACAAGUUACUGUGUGUACUGGCGAGGUUCAGCUGGGAGAGCGGAGAAUUAUGGGAGGGACAGUAUCUGUCGAUGAUAGCUUCCACGUUGUGAUUGUUGGCGGUGGCUUUGGAGGGAUUGCAGCAGGAAACCGUUUGAAGUCAUACAACGUUCCAUUCACGUUGAUCGAUGUGAAAGAUGCUAUGCAUCACAAUCCGGGAGCACUCAGAGCAUCAGUGGAAAGUGGAUUUGCAAAGCAAACAUUCAUAUCAUUCAAAGAGACAUUUGCAGAGAACUUCAAGCAAGGCAAGGUUGUUGACAUUGAUUUAGAAAAGCAGAAUGUUAUUUUAGAAAAUGGAGAUACUCUACAUUUUUCCCACCUCAUUUUGGCAACUGGUAGCUCAGGACCAUUCCCUGGAAAAUUUGCUGAACCAGUUACGAUGGAGAAUGCAAUCCAGAUGUAUGAAGAUCUUGUAAAACAGGUUCAAGAAGCUCAGAGAAUUGUUGUGAUUGGAGGUGGAUCUGCUGGUGUGGAAAUGGCAGCAGAAGUCAAAACAGAUUACCCUGACAAAGAGGUAACUUUGAUUCAUUCCAAGAUUGCUUUGGCUGACGUUCAACUCUUACCCAGCGUAAGGCAGGGGUUGAAAGAAAUCCUCCUGAAGAAAGGAGUCGAGCUUCAGUUAGGACAGAAAGUCAUCAACCUCCAGGACCUGGUGAUGAAUGAAAUGAAGACUGACAUGAAAGUACUGACUGACAAAGGAUUGGAGGUCAUUGCAGAUUUGGUCAUCUGUUGUACUGGAAUAAGAGUUAAUUCUUCGGCGUAUUCAAAUGCUUUCAAAGAUUGCCUUGCUGAGGAUGGUGCAUUAUUGGUCAACCCACAUUUGCAAGUCAUUGGGAUGGAAAAUGUUUAUGCAAUAGGAGAUUGUGCAGAUGUGAAGGAACCUAAAAUGGCUUACCAUGCUGGACUCCAUGGAGUGGUCGCUGCAGAUAAUAUUAUCAACAGUCUUGGCAAAAAGUGUCUGAAAGAUUACAAACCAGGUUCUCUGACUAUGCUGUUGUCAAUGGGUCGGAAUGAUGGAAUUGGCCAGCUUUUUGGCUGGCAUGUUGGAAAAUUCAUUGUUGUUAUGGUUAAAAGUAGAGAUCUACUAGUUUGGAAAAGCUGGAGAGAAAUGGGCCAAACAAAACCCAGCUGACUGCGGAGUGCCUGACUGUUGUCUUUCUGUCAUUCUGGAAUGUGCCUUUAUCGGCUUCUUUUAAUGCAUAUUUAAUCCUUUCGAAUAAAAAUUUAUGAUCCUGCAUCUUUAUAAAUAAUUUGCAAGUAGAAAUGAUAGAACCUGAACAGAUAUACAGUAGUCAACCAUAACAUGAUUAAAAAAAAUCAAAUAGAUGAUUUAUACGGGUGCAGAAAAAACAGCAGUGAUCCCAUUUCUGUUCACUGAUGCUUGUAAAACUUAAUCACUCCUAACAAUAAAUAGAUUUUUCAAGCA